UACCCAUCAGUCAAAGUUUCCAACACCCCCAAACAGGUCGCUCGAAACGCGCUCAGCAAUUUAAAAUUCAAGUUUAUAGAUUGAAAUCGAUUUCCGCACCUAGCCACUAUGUUUAUCCGCGGGGACGUGCCGCGAAACGCCCGGGGCAAGAUCCCCCAGAUACCCAGCUCCAUGACUCCCUACGUGGCGGCGGUGAAGCGGGGCCCCUACACCAUGACGCAGCCGGUGUACAACAGCCCCAACCCCAACCUGGUGGGCUUGGAUGGCCAGGUGGAGGAGGCCAGGCCCAAGCACACCUUCAACGUGAAGAAGGAGGAGCUGGCGAACAACUACCGCCACCACCAGCGACUCAUUCCCGUGCCCACCGCCAGGCGGGGCAUGCCCCGGGCCCGAUCCCACAUGGUGAUGAACGAGCAGCGGGAGCUGUACCGCCAGCAUCGCGAUCGAAUGUCCAACAUCAAGGGCAAGGUCAACACAUAUCUGCCUCCCCCAAAGGUCCAGAUCGAGGGCAAUGGCAUGGAGCUGUCCUACAUGGAGAUGCUCACGGCCCUCUACAAGAAGAGCAACAAUACCCUGCGCACCUUCACCAAAUCCCCGGAGCGUCUGGCAGCUGGGCGCUGGCGCAAUGCCAACUUGGCCAGGCAGAAGGAGCGCCGCCAGCUGGAGAAGAAUAAGGUGUUCCACAAGGGCGGCGAGCUCUUCGAUCCCCUGGCCGGGAAGUCCAAGAAGAACCAGCCUAAGGCGUCUGGAUCCUUCAGCUGCGAGAUUCCCCUCCAUGUGCUCCAUCGAUACGAGAGCCUGAUGGACCAGUGCGACGUGGGCAUCCUGUGCAAGCUGCUGCGCCCCCAGAUCUACCUGGACUUGGAGGUGCGGGAGGUACGCAUCCAGGGCCGCCUGGUCAUCCAGCUCUUCACCGAGGCCUGUCCCCAGGUGGUGCUGGAGUUCAUGAGGAUCUGCACCCAGAACAAGAGCAGCGCCAUCGUCUUCACCCGAGCCCUGGCCCCCAUCUGGAUGGAGGGUCGUCUGGCCAUGGACAGGAGGAGGGGCUUCGAGCUGACCAACAUCGAGCACGACUUCGAGGUGCUCAACCACGGCGUGGAUGCAGGGAUCCUUUCCUUUCCCAGUCGCUAUGUGAGGGGAAAUGCCCAGACGGCGGUGAACUUCACCAUCAGCUUCAAGCCGCUGUCCAUUUUGAACGGCAGGAGGAUCGCCUUCGGGAAGGUGCGCAAGGGCAUGCAGCUGCUGGAGAGGAUUCAAGGUGCCAUCGGCCACCGGCCCAUGGGCCACAACAUGAUCGAGCUGACGGACUGCGGAGUGCUCUAAGACAGCCUUAAAUUCGCCGUAGAUUUGCUCAAGAAAAUAAAUCCCUGUCGAGUGAAAAUUAAAAUCCUUAAAAUAAAAAUAAUUUAUAUUUAAUUUUAAA